AUGCAGCCCAAAGGAUUAUUGCGAAUAUAUCGCAAGUUCUGCACAACCGUGACGUCACCGGUGGGGUCUACAGCUAGCACCGUGCCAAACUGGGAAAAAGUUGUUACGGACGCCCUGGAUCCUCAUGUUCAGGUUCGCUCAGACUGGAGUAGAAGAGACGUAGAGGAAACCUAUUGGCAGCCGUUGCACCAAUUGAUCUUCCAGGCAGCCGCAGUUCAUCGUGUUGCUUUCAAGGCUAACCAGGUGCAAAAGUGCACACUGCUGUCCAUCAAGACCGGAGGAUGCCCGGAAACCUGCAAGUACUGCUCCCAGUCUGCGGCGUACAAAACGGACGUGAAGGCAGAGCCGCUUAUGCAGGUCGAAGAGGUGCUUCGCGAGGCGCGCCUUGCGAAGGAGCGAGGCUCGACGCGUUUCUGUAUGGGAGCAGCGUGGCGAGGCCCAGCACAGGUGGGUCCCCGUCAGUUCCAGCGGGUGCUCGACAUGGUCCAGGGCGUGCGGGCGCUGGGCCUUGAAGUAUGCGCCACACUCGGGUUGCUGAACGCUGAGCAAGCAAAGGCGCUGAAAGAGGCAGGCUUGACGGCUUACAAUCAUAACCUGGACACAAGCCGAGAAUUCUACAGCACCAUCAUCUCCUCACGGUCGUUUGAGGACAGGCUUGCAACUAUUAGGCAUGUUCGAGCCGCUGGCAUUCAGGUCUGCUGCGGCGGAAUUCUUGGCCUCGGUGAAUCCCACGCCGAUCGCAUCUCGCUCCUGCAAACGCUGGCGACGAUGCAACCCCAUCCCGAGUCUGUUCCGGUGAAUAUGCUUGUGCCGAGCAAGGGCACGCCACUGGAAAGUUCGCAACCGAUUCCGUUCUGGGACUUGUGUCGUAUGAUCGCUACAGCUCGUAUCCUUAUGCCAGCGAGCAUGGUACGCCUCAGUGCGGGUCGUAUUUCGCUAUCAGAAGCGGAGCAAAUGAUUUGCUUCAUGGCGGGUGCGAAUAGCAUUUUCACGGGCGAGAAACUGCUCACCACCCCGAACAAUGAUCUUACAGAGGAUGACGCUAUGUUCAGACGCCUCGGUUUUGAGGGAAAACCACCGUUCGUUGAAACACGACGAAUACCGUCCUCUGCGAAGCCGCAGAUUUCCCUAAGCCAGUAG